UCUCCCACUUCAUGCACAAGGUCCCCUUCCCCUCCUCCCAGAGGCCCAGGAUACUGGUGCAGCUCUCUCCUCACGACAGCCUGAUGUUGAGCCAGCCUGUGUCCUCCCCUCUACCACUCAGUGGUGGUCGGUUCUCCAUACUGCUGCAGAACCUCGGUCCGGAGAAUGCUAUAACGCUCCUGGUGUUUGCUGUGACAGAACAUAAGAUCCUGGUCCACUCUCUACGGCCCGCUGUUCUGACCAGUGUCACUGAGCUCUGGUGGCUAUGAUCUUCCCAUUCCACUGGCCGUGUCCGUACAUCCCUCUGUGCCCGCUGGCCCUAGCAGGAGUCCUCUCCGCCCCCUGCCCCUUCAUUGUGGGUGUCGACUCACGUACUUUGACCUUUACGACCCCCGCUGGACGUCAGCUGUGUCGACCUCGACACAAACACCAUCUCCCACAACGAAGAUAAGAGGGCCCUUCCUGGGAAAUCC